AUGUCGAAUAGCAAGCGCAAAUCUCGUCCACACCUCGAGAUCGGCUGUUCUGAGGAAGGGCCGAGGACUAGGUUUCUUCGGUUCAUGGAGAGAAUGGAGGCAGCGACUUUCAUAGGGCCAAGAGGUUGGCUAUGCCCCUCGCUUCUUGGUUGUUAUCGACUCUCCGAGCCAAGGCAAAGCUCCGAUAGCUCAUUUGAAGCUGUUCUCGAUAAAGAAUGGUUUACGGUUUUCGGCCGUGGAUACGGCUUGGGCUCAAAACCAGUCUGGAUCUCAACGUGGAUAAGAUCCAAGCUGUCAACGACUCUGCUUGCUGUUAUGGUGAUUCUCCAAUAUCUUGGCAGUGGUUGUGCUCUUGGCAGACGAGGGCGAAGACUGCGCCUUCUUAUGCUUCCCAAUGAGCUUGGCGGCCUGGGGGACAAUAUCAAUGCCGAUGCCAGCCAAAUUUUCUCGUGGCGCCAAGAUAUCGGUUGCCUCCCUGCUUUGUCAUCCAUCAUAUUUCAUCGGAGAGAACCGCCAGGACGGAGGACAUACUUGAUCAAUUUCAACUUUUCAAGGGAUCACGCCGGGCAUGCUUGCAGAAUCCUGCGGCGCGUGCCGGUAUCCACAGCCACCGGAUGGAGAGGCAGAUGUGGGGCCGUUCGGUGUAAUCCGCAGCUUCAACCUCCGGUAUGCGUAGCUGCGGGCUUCAUGGCAAUAGAGACGCCAAGGGGGUUACCCAGCAACCAGGAGGACAUAUUCUCCAAGAAAUACCAACGAAUGGUUCCCCAUCAAGCUUUGGUGUCGUGGUACACUGCGUCAAUUGACUUUCAGACUGGCGAGCUCGAUUCAACAGAAAUCCGCCGACCACCAAUUCUUGUCAUAGACGAAUUGCUCAUACCUUCCCUCCAAGUUCUCUGCCUCAUAAAAUUUUUGCAGGAGGCGGUGGGCGCUAUCCAUAUAGGAUAUGGGCAGCGAAUAUCACGCGAACAAAUUGCCGGCCAAGAACUCGGGCAGGUGUUUGAGCUGAUACAGGCAAGAAUGCCCUGCUGUAUAGACCAGAAGGGCGUGGCCACGUUAAUCGUGAUUAAUGUGCCGUGGAGGAGGUUCAUUGUUCGGCUACAGACUGCUGGGUGA